GCAGACGGGCGGGCGGCUGUGGACGUCCGGCCAGCAGCCCGCAGCAUGGAUUCGGAUUCCGGCGAGCAGAGUGAGGGCGAGCCAGUGACCGCAUCAGGUCCCGACGUUUUUAGUUCAAAGAGCCUUGCCCUUCAAGCCCAGAAGAAGAUCCUGAGCAAGAUCGCCAGCAAAACCAUGGCGAACAUGUUGAUUGAUGACACCAGCAGUGAGAUCUUCGAUGAGCUCUACAAAGUCACCAGAGAGCACACCCACAACAAGAAGGAAGCCCACAAGAUCAUGAAAGACUUGAUCAAGGUGGCAAUCAAAAUCGGAAUACUCUACCGGCACAACCAGUUCAGCCAGGACGAGCUGGUCAUAGUGGAGAAGCUCAGGAAGAAGCUGAACCAGACGGCCAUGACCAUCGUCAGCUUCUGUGAGGUGGAAUACACCUUCGACAGGAACGUGCUCUCCAAGCUCCUGCACGAGUGCAAGGACCUGGUGCACGAACUGGUACAGCGACACCUGACGCCCCGGACCCAUGGGCGCAUCAACCACGUCUUCAACCACUUUGCUGAUGUGGAGUUCCUGUCCACCCUGUAUAGUCUGGAUGGAGACUGCCGGCCCAACCUCAAGAGAAUGUGUGAAGGAAUCAAUAAAUUGCUAGAUGAGAAAGUCCUCUGAAUGCCUUCUCUCUUCCUGGACUUUGCUGAGUUCCAGCUACAGCACCCGGUGUGGUCCAGGUUAGAAUCCAGAAAACAGGAAACCCUCGUCCAAGAUGCCCAUGUCUUGCCCUAGUUACCCGUCUGCUGUUGAUGCCAGAUUUCACUCAGGUGUGUUUCUCCCUUGAGCCCACUGACAAGCUCUGUACCUCCAGUCACCUUGGUCCUCCAGCCCGAAGGACACAUCAUCCCUUCUCAGCGGAAGGCUGCUGUGCUCAUCAAGGUGAGCUCGCUUCAUCU